AUGUCCAUCCUUCACGGCAGGACCGUGGCACUCUCACGAUCACUGCGACUGAAAGUGCUUACAACGCAGUCAAGCCACGCUUUUCGACAGCGACCGGCUUUCACGAGGACCUACUUUUCCGUCCACCAUCCGGACCCCCCUCCUUUCCCUGAAAUCCAAGAUCGAAUUCUUUCCGCUGCUAUUAUUCGACUUCCAGAACACGGUUUCACAGAAAGAGCGCUGGCGUUAGGAGCUAAAGAUGCCGGGUACCUCGAUGUUACAGUCCAGCUCUUCCCUCGCGGUGUCUUUGAUCUCAUAAACUACCAUCUAGUCACACAAAGGCUUGCAUUGAAGGAUACCGUACAGUUUCCCGAGGGAUCUACGCUAGGAUUGGGCCCAAAAAUCAGGACGCUGACCAUGGCACGGUUGAGAGCCAAUGCAGACAUCAUCCAUCAGUGGCAAGGGGCUCUUGGUUACAUGUCCCUCCUCGAAAAUAUUCCUGCCUCUAUGAAAGAACUUCAAGCUUUGUCGGAUGAGAUUUGGUAUCUCGCAGGAGACACCGCAGUUGACUUCUCCUGGUACACGAAACGAGCCUCCCUCGCAGCCGUCUACGCAAGUUCAGAACUGUUCAUGACCACGGAUACAUCAAGGGACUUUUCGGCAACGGAAGAAUUCCUCGACCGCAGGUUGGGAGAUGUUCGCCUCCUCGGGGGGACCGUGGGGGGAAUGUCCCAGUACCUUGGAUUCUGGGCGAGCAACGGCGUGAACUUGGCCAGGUCUUGGGGUAUGAGAGUGUGA